AUGAUCAGCCACUACCAGAGUCACCCCCGGAGCGGUUCCACACCAGCGGGGACGGGUGUAGUACAAAUUAAUUUGAACCACUGCUGGGCGGCGCAACAGCUUCUGCUGCAGACGAUGGCCGAGAGAGGCGCGACGCUGGCGGUUUUAUCGGACUACAACAGGGCCAUGGGCGACUCUGAUCACUGGGUCGGUAGCAGUGAUGGCAAGUGUGCGGUAUACGUUUCAGCCAAGUCUGACGCGGUCAUCGCCGACCAAGGUGCCGGCAUCGGCUUCGCCUGGGCGAGGGUCGGGACGGUUACGGUGUACAGCUGCUACUGUUCGCCGAACUGCUCCCUUCAGGAAUUCGACCUCUUCCUGUGUGGUCUAGAAGGGUCGAUACGUCGCCAUCCUGUUGCGACUGCGAGUCUAAUUGUGGCCGGCGACUUCAACUCGCAUUCCGCGGAGUGGGGUUCGGCGACAAACGACGCGAGAGGGGCAAUGCUGUCCGAUUUCGCCUCGACUUUGGGCCUGGUCGUUAGGAACAUUGGCACACAGCCGACGUAUAGAAGGGUCAACGCGUCGUCAGUCAUUGACGUCACCUUCAUGCGCGCUGCACACAACAGCCGCCUAGCUAUCUCGGACUGGGAGGUCUUAGAUGAUGUCUACUCCGCUAGUGACCACAACUAUAUAUACUACGUAUUUACGUUUCCUGUGGUUGAUACAGCUCCGCCCGAAUCAGCGGCUACACGGUUACCGGGGUGGUCCAUCAAAAAGUUAAACCCUGACGCGGCCAACGUCCUCUGGAACCUGACUGGACCUCCACGCCCGUUGCUGGCCGACGCCUCCGCUGCAAAGCACGCCGAGAGGCUCAACGACCUCCUGACAGCUACGUGCGAAGCGGCUAUGCCACGUAGAACAAUCUUCCAGAAGAGGCGGAGAGUACACUGGUGGAACCUAACCUAA